UGCACAACACCCAGCAUUUUGGUGGCAAUCUCACAUUCACUAUCUCUGUCCUUAAAUUAAUCUAAACGAUGUCAGACCCCAAACCUUUAAUUGCUUUUGAACAUCCACCCUGCCUGCAGGAGUACAUGAUAUCGGAGAAGGAAUUCUUCCAGCAGAACCCACAGUACACACAUCUCGUCACUGGGGCCGUGGUAUUCAAUUCCGAGGGAAAUAUACUCCUUGUUCAGCGCGCCGCUGACGAGAAGGCAUUUCCCAACCUAUGGGAAAUCCCGGGUGGGAAGGUUGACAGUACUGAUGAGACGAUCUUGCAUGCCGCGGCAAGAGAACUCAAAGAAGAAACCGGACUGGACACCUCAAGAAUAGUUCGGAAAGUGGGGGAGUUCAGUUGGAGUGAGGUCUCGAAGAAAACCGGCUUUCAGCAGCAUUGGCAGAAGCUGAUAUUCGAAAUGGAAGUGAAGGACAUGAAAAUUGUACUGGAUCCAAAUGAGCAUCAGGAGUAUCUCUUCGCAACAGAAGAAGAUGUUCUUAAGGGAAAGUCGGCGGAUGUUGCUCUGAGUUAUAUUACUCCAGCAAACAAGACCAUCAAAUUGGAGGCAUUCAAGUUCAGACGACAGACUAUUCAGUCUUAAGCCACCCCUAUUUACCGCAAUUUGGGGCAUGGAAAAAUCAGGGCGCCUCAAAAGGGAGGAAUUUGAAUACACGGAUAGAGCUUCCGCGAUUAAUCAAUAGAAUAGAAG